AGCAGACCAAAAGUUCUUAGUGAACUGCUGCCAGAGAUUCGGACUAGGAUGGAGGUGGAAAGAGCUGAUAGAGAGUGGGUUUAAUUCUCAGCCCUAUUUCUGGUGGUAGUUUUUUGUUGUUGUUAUGUUGCUAACUUAUUGAAUUGAGAGAUGCAUGGCAUUGGUCAUGUGAAGGCCACAGCAGCUCUAGCCUCAAAAUAGUGACAGACAGCUUUGAGGACCAUAGUAUGUACGUCUUGGGGGCAUUUUUAUUACAGAAGAGAAGAGCCCAGCAUAGAUCUUAUCCUCAUCUGCACCCAGCUGCGAAAUCAAAACGUUAAGAAGAGCAGUGAAGAGCAAUUGUAGGUGGGAAAAAAAUCUAGAGGAUGGCUCUGAAUGACUGCUUCCAUCUGAAUUUGGAAGUGGACCGUCUGGUGCACUGCAACGUCUCCAAUCACAGUGUGGACCUCUCCGCGACUGAUGACUGGUUCCACCCGGGCAUCCUCUAUGUCAUCCCUGUGGUUUAUGGGGUGAUCAUCCUGAUUGGCCUCAUUGGCAACAUCACCCUGAUCAAGAUCUUCUGUACGGUCAAGUCCAUGCGCAACGUGCCCAACCUGUUCAUCUCCAGCCUGGCCUUGGGAGACCUGCUCCUCCUGGUAACGUGCGCACCCGUGGAUGCCAGCAGGUACCUGGCCGACAGAUGGCUAUUUGGCAGGGUUGGCUGCAAACUAAUUCCCUUCAUACAGCUCACCUCGGUGGGGGUGUCUGUUUUCACGCUCACAGCUCUCUCGGCAGACAGGUACAAAGCAAUCGUCCGGCCAAUGGAUAUCCAGGCCUCUCACGCCCUGAUGAAGAUCUGCCUCAAAGCUGCCUUCAUCUGGGUCAUCUCCAUGCUGCUGGCCAUCCCAGAGGCCGUGUUUUCUGACCUGCAUCCCUUCCAUGAGGAAAGCACCAACCAGACCUUCAUUAGCUGUGCCCCGUACCCACACUCCAAUGAGCUGCACCCCAAAAUCCACUCUACGGCUUCCUUCCUGGUCUUCUACAUCAUCCCACUGUCCAUCAUCUCCGUCUACUACUACUUCAUUGCCAAAAAUCUGAUCCAGAGCGCUUACAAUCUACCCGUGGAAGGGAAUAUCCACAUCAAGAAGCAGAUCGAAUCCCGGAAGCGACUUGCCAAGACCGUGCUGGUGUUUGUGGCCCUCUUUGCCUUCUGUUGGCUCCCCAACCACAUCAUCUACCUGUACCGCUCCUACCACUACUCUGAGGUGGACACCUCCAUGCUCCACUUCAUCACCAGCAUCUGUGCCCGCCUCCUGGCCUUCACCAACUCAUGCGUGAACCCCUUCGCCCUCUACCUGCUGAGCAAGAGCUUCCGGAAACAGUUCAACACCCAGCUGCUCUGCUGCCGGCCUGGCCUGCUGGCUCGCUCUCAUAGCACUGGUAGGAGCACCACCUGCAUGACCUCCUUCAAGACCACCAACCCCUCCGUGGCCACCUUCAGCCUCAUCAACGGUAACAUCUGUCACGAAGGGUACGUCUAGACUGGCCCUGGGCCUUGCCCUGCCCCUGGUUUUGC